AUGGCCGGAAAAAACUUAAAUCAAGGUUUAAUUCAAAUUUCUGACUCUAACAAUGAAAAUAACUUAUUAGUUGCUGAAAAUAGUUUAGCUCAACAAUCACGCCAACGAUUUGAAAAUAAUGACAGAAAGAGCAUUUGUUGGGAGUAUUUUGAACCAUUUAAAGUUCCGAAGCGUGGAGAGAUAACAAAAUGUACUAUUGAUGGAUGUAAUACGAAAUACUUAUGGCGCGGAUCCACUUCUAACCUUGUUGGUCAUCUUAAAACUAAGCAUGGUAUAAUAUCCACAACAACUAUUCAACCACCAUUAACAAACAAUAACUCUAGAAACCUUGAAUUAGAAGUUAACUUACCAGUAAUUAAGUUUAUUGUUUCCUCCGUAUUACCUCUUAACAUUGUUGAUAAUUUAAAGUCUUCUGGGCUCGUUAAUCAACAAAUUACUUCUAAUAUUAUAGAAAAACAAAUAGACCAAGUGUAUGAUCGGUUAUUCUCUCAACUGAAGUCAAAAAUCCAGCAGGCAAAAUCUGUCAUGCUCUCUAUUAGCAAUAAUUAUCAUGAUUAUAUUACAAUCACUUAUGAUUGGUUAACAGAGAAUUUCGAAUUUCGUAAAAUCCUUUUGCAUGUGAAUAAAUUGGAUUCCCUGAAUGGAGAUACACUUGCUCAUGCUAUACUCGAGGCUUUAAUUAAGUGGGAACUAACUAACUUGAAGUUCAUUAGUUGUAACCUGAUAGAAUAUGAUUUUAUUGAUAAUUAUUAUAUGUAUGAUGUAAAUGGAAAAAAUGAAGAUAUUAGUAUAUGUAUGAUCGGGGGUAGUGGCGAUGAUUUAAUAAGACAUAGUUUAAAAAGAUGGGCCGAAGAAAAUAGCAAUACGCAAGAAAUGUCUAACAUUAUCACUGCUGUUGUGAAUGCUAUCGAUAAAUUUUGUUCAGUAAUAGAAUUUUUAAAGGACAAUAGAGUGCAAAGAAUAAUAAAUGGUGUCCAAAUUGCGGAAAAAAUUAGUUGCGAUUGCAAUUAUCAUAAAAUAGAAUUUCUUACAUUAAUAAUGAAACCUUUCAAACAAUUAAUUAAUAAUUAUAGUAAUAGCAAUGAUAACUUUAUUAGAGAAAAUGUAGGCAAGUUUAAAAACCUUUUAUUAGAUAAAUUGCCAUUUAGCAUAUUCUUUCCUGAAUUAUUACGAUUGUUUAAACCUUUGGAGCAUAUUAAAGUCGUUACUAUGAGAAAACUUAGAGAUAUGUUAGUUAAUGCAUCUAAUAUUUUUAACGAGAUUUCUCAGUAUGUGGUGACUAUGACUUAUCAGCAUUAUUGGGAACUUGAGAUCCUCAAAUCGUUUCUGAAAUUUUUAAUUAAUUCAUAUCUGGACAUCCACCAGAAGAUAGGUUUGUUUUUAGAUCCACAUUCGAAAUCAAUUUUCAUUAAUGAUGAGGAUGUUAAAAAGCUUGUGCUAGAUGAAUGUCAAGAUUAUUACUCGAAAACUGACAAUAAUUCAAUGCAAGACUUAGCAAAUGAAGAAUUAGAACGCUAUAAUAAGCUUUCACAAGUUAUAAUUAAAGAAAACGAUCCGUGUGAAUGGUGGCAGAAGUCGAAACAUCUAUAUCCUGGGCUAGCGACGCUUGCGAUAAAAUACUUGCCUUUACUAAAAUUAGAUGACGAAGAAGUUCCUUUAAAAAAUCCGGAUAAAUUUAUAGACGUUUAUAAGAAUGAUGAAAUAAUUGAUAAGAUGACAUUUUUACAAUAUAAUAUGAA